AUGGCGGCGGCGAGACGGGCCUGGGAGGCGGCGGCGGCGGUGCUGGCCCGGGUGGCAGCGUCGAUGGUGCGGGCCCGGAAGGGCUUAUGGGCGCCAGCUCCAGGGAGGACGAGGCCGCCGCGGCGGCUGUCAUCCACGACCCUGCGCUCGGCGUUGCGGGCUCAGGAGGCCGCACGUGCUGCCGGCUCCGAGGAGGACGAGGCCGCAACGGCGGCCGCCGACAACGACUAUGCACUCGCUGCGUCGCGCAGCCACUUCGAGGCGAGGAGCCGAGGACCAGAGCGAGCACCUCGACUGUCUCUGCAACAUCCUUGGUUGCGACCCCAAGGAGCAUGGUGCGGUGAUGGCCGGCCCCGCAACAUCCUCGCCUACAACCCCAAGACUGCUGGGUUCUUAGUUGCAUCAGAUGCUGCUAGAAUAGCACUUUUGAUUAGGUUAUUCAAGGCCUCUUGUUGUGUGCUCUACUCUGCUAUUCCUGCUGUAGCCCCUCCAAAACAGCACAUGGAUGCUUGGUUCAGGCUGCCAGGGUCUGGACGGGAUGCGUCCUUGAGGUCACGCCCCUGCAGGUUGGAGCAGCGCUUGCCUGCCUCCACCAUUCAGUGCUGGGGCUACUUCCUCCACUGCUCCCCUUUCAUUAAGAACUACUGGAGCUACUUCCUCCAUGGCUACUUCCUCCAUGAGAACUGCAGGAUAUCUGCUACUCUUACAACAUAUUUCUGUUGUGUCUGA